UCCCUCCCUGGGAAAGGAAGGUCUUAAAAAGAGGGUUUAAAAAAAAAAAGCUGCCGGAGAAUUUGCAAAGGCGCCCGCAGGAGAGAGGAGUCGCCAGGGGGAGGGGGGUUGGCUCCUGCCUUUCGGGGCGCCGCCUGCGGGGGGGCCCCGCUGGGGAGGACGCCCCUCAAGACAACCCCGCUUGGAUAGGCGCGGACAAGUUGGCUGAUGCCUUCGCCCUCCGCUGCUUGGUGAGCCUGCCUCCCCCUCCCCUACCCCCUCGCCGAUCUGCCCGAGGAUGGAGCAGUCCCCGUGCCUUGUGACUCUGUACGCCUUGGUGGUCCUGCUGGCCCUGCGGAUCGGGCAGGGCGCUAGCCAGCACUAUCUGCACAUCCGCCCGGCGCCCAGCGAGAACUUGCCCCUGGUGGAUCUAAUCGAGCACCCGGACCCUCUCUUUGACCCCAAGGAGAAGGAUCUUAACGAGACCUUGCUGCGGAGCCUCCUGGGCGGUCACUUCGACCCUAACUUUAUGGCCGUCUCCUUGCCCGAGGAGCGGCUGGGGGGCGAGGAUCUAGGCGAGCUGGACUUGCUGCUCCGGCAGAGACCUUCGGGGGCGAUGCCCAGCGAAAUCAAAGGGCUGGAGUUUCACGAGGGGCUGCCGCCGGGGAAAAAGCCCCGGCUGAGCAAAAAGCUGCGCAGGAAGCUGCAGAUGUGGCUCUGGUCCCAGAUCUUCUGCCCGGUCCUCUACACGUGGAACGACCUCGGAAGCCGCUUUUGGCCCCGCUUCGUGAAAGUGGGCAGCUGCUACAGCAAGAGGUCUUGCUCGGUGCCCGAGGGCAUGCUCUGCAAGCCUGCCAAGUCGGUGCAUUUGACCAUCUUGAGGUGGCGGUGCCAGCGCCGGGGGGGGCAGAGGUGCACAUGGAUACCCAUUCAGUACCCCAUCAUUUCGGAGUGCAAAUGCUCCUGCUAGGACUUGCACUUAAUCCCCCCCCUCUUCCUCGGAACCGGACUCCGGUGGACUUCGCUGCCCAUCCAUAACUCAAAAAAAAAAAGACAAUUGCUUUCUGGUUAACGUUGUAAUGCACUGUAACGUGUAGGAGAAUGUAUAUGUGUGUGUAUAUAUGGCACCGUGUUAAUUUACUAUUAAAAGGUCAGUAUUAUAAG